AUGUUAACAGAAAUAAGCCGUUUACGUUCAGAAAUUAAUUUAAGAGAUGAACAAAUACACGAACAAAAAGAAUUAAUUAACGAAAAUUUAAUACAAAUUGGGGAUUUAAAUAAUUCUAUUUUUGAGGCUAAUGAAAAAUUAAAUGAAUUACAACCUUUAUUACAUUCUGAGAAAUUGGCAAGAAGAAGAGCUGAUAAUUUAGCUGAUGAUUUAAGUCAAGAAUUAAAUAAAAUGGGGGAAGAAUUGGAUAAAGUUAAUGGGAAAAGAGAUGCUAUGGUGAGUGAAUAUGCAUCUUUUGGUUGUCCUGAACCCAUUAAUCAUCCUUGAUAAUUAUUUUUCCAAUUCAACACCAUAGUGAUACCGGGGAUAGUGAUCGGGAAAUCGGGAAGCUCGAUGUUUUUCGGACCUGGAAUCCCUGAUCCUAAAAUCGGGAAUUAUAAUUUAGCUCGUUUCCAAAAUCAAGAAUUCAUUUUUUAUGUCGAUACAUAGUGGGUACUUAAAGUUAAUAGAGAAGGGCAAUCAUGAUAAGCUUUUGUUGUUUCCUAACCUUCAGAAACCCCGACCAAGUCUG